UGGAUCGAAUGACGUCGUUGAUAGGAGAGCGUGCUUCUCUCUCCUCACGCACAAAGCUGCGCCAAAGCAAAUCGAGAGGGACGGCGGAGGAUGGCGGCGGCUCCGGCGAAGGCGGCGGAGAAUAGAAAGAGGGAAGAGACUGCUGACAUGGUGAAGAAGAAGAGGGCAAAGAUAAAUUUCGCUUCUUCAGCAUUUCGCUCACCUUUCUCCAUCCUCGGCGACAUGUCUUGGUACCGAAGAACUAAGCUCCUCCUCGCCAGCUCCAGGAGAAACAUCAAGAAUCCUCCGAUGAUUUCGCCGGAAUCUCCGUCUUCCAACGCUUUCUCGAAAAUUCAUCGGAAUGGGUCUUCGAAUCUAUCACCUAAGUUUUCUGGGUUCUCCAUAUCUUCCCGCAUAUUAGGUUUACGCUUGUGUAACACUCUCGGGAAUAUGAACAUCAAUGUCUGUAAUCGGUUUCUGAGCAUUCCCAGGAAGUUUGACUGUGUUGAUCGUCACCAGGUUCAUCCUUUCAAUCCACCGGAACCGAGACGGUGGUUCCAAAACCCAGCCGCCGUAUUGGCGGCGGUGCUUGUGGGUUCAGGGGUUUUGGUCACUGGUUAUUGGAAUCAAGAGCCUGUUCCUUACACGAAACGGAGGCAAUUCGUUCUUUGGCCGACGAAAUCGAUCGUGAGAUGGGUUGAUAAAUAUAGCUUUGAGCCGUACGGGAGGCGAAUACUCCCCGCGGAUCACCCUGAGAGCAUUAGGGUUAACUCGAUCGUGAAGGAUAUCAUCGAAGGGUCGCAGAGAAGUUUGAGCCUGGAGAGUGUGCGGAACGCGUCCAUGGAUGGUACCCCAACUGAAAAUGACGGAGCCGCCAAGGAUACGGCAAAAGGACUGAAUGAGAACUGUGGCAAAGGGACAACGAGUGGGAUGAAGGGUAAAGAGGAAGGAUCACAACCCUCGAUUUCUCACUUCGAGGGGUCGAAUUGGGAAGUUCUUGUGGUUAAGGGCCCGGACCGUAGGGCAUUUUGCUCAUCUGCUGGGAAGAUAGUGGUAUACACCGGUUUGCUUGAAUAUCUCGAGACAGAUGCAGAGAUUGCCACUGUGAUCGGACCUGAGAUCAGUAGUGUCAUUGCCCGGAACUCAGAACAGGAACUUUCCUACUGGAUUUGCUGGUGGAUCUGCCUUCUGGUCUGUCUGUACACGUAUAAGCCUCUUGUUCAAAUGAUUCCGUUCUUUCUCGUCUCUCUCUUGUCCUUUCUCAAGGAUUUGGAUGCCAAAGAAGCGGACCGCAUAGGUAUGAUCUUGGUCGCCGCAGCAGGGUACGAUCCACGAGUAGCUUCCGAAGUGUACCUGAAGCUCGGGAUGCGUGAGAGGGCUUGGAGGUUCGCUGUGUCAAAAAUCAUGGAAGAAGCCCUCGUGGUUUACCACAAACAGGCUGAAUCUGGGUUUGGAGAGGGUAGGGAUGCAAAAGGAAAGAAUCAUCUUCACCUCUAAACCCAAACCGUUGACAGAAACUUGAUCCCUUGUAAUAAAAACGAACUUCAUUUUCAGGGGUUUUCAAGUGAAGAAAGAGCUCUUUAAACAAAUGUAGCGUUUUUUUCCGUUUAUAUCUAGAAACGACCUUGAUUCUAA